AUGGAAUCUUCCCCUGUUAAUCAAGGAGGGGAGACAAGUCAAAAAUCUCUGGGAAUAGAGAGCUCAAUAUCCAAAAGCCUUGCCAUGGAAAUAGUGGAGAAUUCAAGUCAUGAGGUCCCGGUGACUUAUGAGGGAGGAAACACAAUCAAUUGUCAGCACAAAGGUCAGGUGAAUGAGACUAUCCAAGAGGGGGAGAUUAUUAGAGUGGAAGUUGUGAACAUAGAGGAGAGAGAUAAUGAGAUGCAAAUAGUGGAAGAUUCAGGACCAACCCCUAAGGUUGAUGGUGAGGUAGUUUACCAGACUGAAGAGGGGACAUCCAAAAAGAGCAAAGGGUGGAAAAGACUGGGAGCAAGAGCCAAGUCUCAUUCCCUUGGGGCAGAAAACUUGAAAGGGACCAGUGGUAUUCCUAUCCUCAAAUCAAAUGUUAGCACUGAUGUGGUGUAUGUCUGGGAACUGAUGGAUAAUAAUGGAUGGGGGUGGAACACUGAUCUGCUGCAGAGGCUAUUUUAUGAGAAAGACUAUAGGGCCAUACUGAAAAUCAAAUCUAUAAACCCCACUAGACCAGAUAGAUGGGCUUGGGACAGUGAUGCAAAAGGAGACUAUCAAGUGGCAAAGGCUUACUCUAAGUUUGUGGAAAGCAAGUUCAGAACCCUUGACAUUCCAGAGGGUAGUGGCUCCAUUAAAAGCAGGAAGACUAGAUUGAGAAGUUGGAGACUGAAUAUUAAAAGCAAAAUCAAACACUUUGUGUGGAGAAGCUGUACAAAUACCUUACCUGUUAGUCUGAACCUGAAGAGAAGGGGGAUGGAGGUGGACUGGAUCUGCCAUAGAUGUGGGGAAGAAGCUGAAUCGGCAGAACACUUAUUCUUUAAUUGUGAAAUAGCAAAGCAGGUAUGGAAAUUGGCUCCAAUCACCUGGGACUUCAGUUCUGAAACCACAACCAGUUUCAAAGUAUGGUGGGAAAAUGUAUGCUCGACAAAUAACAAGGAUAUCUCAGAAGAUCGAAUACAGUUAACCACCUAUAUAUUAUGGUGGUUGUGGAAGGCCAGGAAUUUAUGGGUGUUUCGAAAGGAGUGGAUGCCGGCUCAUAUUAUAGUUAGUUCUGCGUUGGCUGAUUGGAAGGAAUUUUUGGCUAAGAGCAGGUGUUGA